AUGAAUCAACUAUCUAUGGGUCUUUUGUCUGCUUCGGUCCUCAACAUCAUGUUCUUCCUCUCCGGCUAUUGUUCCUCGAAUUGCCGCACUCCCAUCGCGCCUGAUGUAGGGGCGACGAACUGCCAAGAUGAGCCAAGGGACGAGAAGUUACCCAAGUGGUUUAACUUCCUCUACUCAGGCACUUGGGGAAAGAACGAAACUUUCUUGGCAAACUACGUCAUAGGACAAGCCGGUACACGUAUCAUCGUCGAGACUGUUCCUCUCGCGAAUUUUCGGGCAAACUCUCACCGGAACGCCAAGUUUCACGUGAGGCGCUCGCUCUCGAGACUCGAAUGCUUUUUCCUGUUAUCGCGGAGCGUCACCGCCCCAAACCCGGGACGUAAGGAAAUAUGUCACAUUUUGGACGUCAUUCGCUUCACCGUGGAAUCGCCCAGGCAAUACGGCGAGGUCCGCGACUGGCAAAACAAAUUGUGUGGCAUCGUCGCCCUCCUGCCCCCGAGGGAAUGCUCGAAGGGCUGGAAGAGGUGA